AUGGCGGCGAAGCUGACGAUGCGCGUUCUGCUGCUCUUUGUCCUCACCGGGCUGCUCUUGCGCCCCGACGCUGCCGCCAGCAUCCCGCCGGCAUGCGACAAAUACAGCCGUCUGCCUGGAUGUCCGAGGGACUACAACCCAGUCUGUGGGACUGAUGGAAAGACCUACUCCAACGAGUGUGUGCUCUGCCUUUCCAACAGUGAAGAAAAUAAGAAUGUCCAGAUUUACAAGAAUGGAAUGUGUUAAGGCAGAUGACAACUCUUCAAGCAAAUGAGAACAAAGUCAGUCCAAAUAGAAACAGUUCAUUAGAAGUAGCUUCUCUGUAGUCUGUCCUAAUAAAUAAACUUGCAUUUUUAAACCAAGUUAAGCCAAGUCCUGUGAGUGUAUUUAAACCACAUAGCCAUUGCUUAGAACCUGAAUUGCAAUUUAUUGUUUCAUGUAAGACAGAUCAGAGGGCAGGGAAGAGAUACCCUGGCAGCUUACCAGGAACAGUCAGUUCCUUGUGAGGCACCAGAGCCAUUUCCCACAGCACUACCUGGCAGCAGCCAGGUUUCAGCACCUCCAUUUUGAGCAGCACAAGCUACCACUCCUUUCAGGAAGGAUUUGAACCCAUGGGGCCCACAGCCCAUGCCUGUCUGCACUCAGUGUAAGGAAUAAUUAUUCACAAAGUGAUCUUGUGUGACUUCACUGGAGGGCAGGAAACUUAGGAAAAUAGUAGUAGAAUAGGAGUAUGGAUGCAUGCCACAGGUCCUACUGCUUUCUAGACUUUCCCAAGAAAAGACACCUCUCAUUCAGCAGAGAUGUACAGAAAAUGUGGGUACAAGGAUUUCUGUGUUUGGUAAUGUGUAGAACACAUUUCCUCAUCCUUCCUAUUUCUGGGGUCAUUGGCUUCUGGAAGGAGUUACUUGGAGGGGAAGGUGUUGGCUUGGAGCAUGAUGAAAUACCCAGGCACUGAGGCCAUAAGACUCUCUGCUCUGGGUCUUGCAACCCUCUCAGUCUUGAUACCCAGAAAUGAUUGGAUCAGACAGCAUAAACUUUUCCACUAAAUCAAAUUAGAAGUAUUUCCUUUUGAUGAAAUGUAAACUCAUAAAAUUUAUACAUUUCCCAUCUUACUAUAAUAAUUAAGCAGAAUAACUGAAACAGGAGUUUCCCAAAAUCUUAUUUUUGUAAACCUCUUUGGAUUAGACUUUAGCUUUUGUGUAUUGUACUGUUACUCACCUUCCUGUCACUUAGACAAUCCAUCAGUUAGGCAAACUGUUUUUCAGGUUUGUUGUAAUUGCUGUAGUUGUAUUGCCUAACUUCACCUUUGUUCUUUGCUGUGGGAUUUUAAACUGUGCUUUGUAAUUUCUGCUUCCUGUUCUUCAAACAGUUUAAACGUACGUUUUCCUCUGAAGAAAAGAAUAUUUGUCUUAAGAGAGAAGCUGGUGUUUAGCAUUAAGUCAUGCUAUGCCUGACUCUGAUAGGAAUUAAUAAAAUCCCAGCCUCCUCCAAAUUAAAAAUUAAGACUGGAUUUCUUACCAAUGUUCUGUGACCACUGUAUUUGAUCUGUCAGAUGCAUUAAAAUCCAUAUGUCCCUUUGAUUGCUUGAUGUGUUGACUUGACAUCAUCUACUCGUGGUAUUUAUUUAUGAACUAGAUAAUAACAAACAAGGGUGUUAUCAUCACCUUUAGACAUCAAUGGACCAUAUGCCAAGCACUAGCUUAUCACAUUUGCAUGAGAGUAAGAAGGGAUUAUGUUAGUUGAAUAGCAUGAUUGUGUAAAAAAAUACAUGAAUGGAUGUCUUUUCUGUCUGAUCUCAGAUGGCUGGAUAAUAUUUUACUUGAUGAUCAUAAUUUUUGUUUGUUUGUUUAUGCUAUUUUCUAACUUCUCAAGGUCAGCACAGGCUUGAUGUGACUGGGAGGAGAACAUGCAGCCAUCUGUUUCAGUCAAGUCAAAAGCUGUCACAUUAGCUAUUGCUAAUGAUGAGGAAAGACAGGCAAAACACACAACAUACACUUUUCUCUUAUUUAAGUUCAGUGGAGAUAUGCUUCUCUCUAAUACAUAUUAAGAAACUGUUGCAAAAAUGUGCUUCUGACUUGCCUUUAAUUCUGCAAACCUGCAUCACUUUCUUUUAAGUAUAACUCAUGUAUUUUUUGCUGUUUGCUCGAGCCAAAGUUAUAGAAAGAAGAAGAAGGAACGGCCAGUGAACAUCCUGAGGAAUGCAAAGUAGAGCUGCGUGCUGCCUCUGAGGAUAUGAGUGAAUUUAUUUGCUACACUUUCCUAUGUGAAUCAAUAUUGAUCUCUACAAAUCAGCGUUCGGGUUUCCUGCCAAGCAAGAGGGGGAUAAUCAAGCCAGGAUGGCCGUGAGCUAUGUGAGCAUUUCUCCAAACACAGCGUCUCCAGCCAACACGCUUCUGUAGUGCAAGUGCUUGGAUGAUAGCCAAGCCUCUCCGAGAUGAGUCCUGACAAGUGGGAUGCCAAACAUAUGCUGCAACUGCCGGUUGCUCACUGCAGUGCCAUGGCAUGAUGCAAAAUUCUUGAGCGCACAUCACACCAGCUGCACUUUUUCCCCUGAAGGAAGGAAGACUCCUUAUGGGCCUGGAGGCAGUCUAUAUGCUGUUUCUUUAAUCUGACUUUUCCUGUCAAAGGGACUGCAUCUGGGGCCAGGAUGUUUUCCAGGUGAGGCACGAACCCCAGCAGUACUCUGACUUUCUCCCAUGAAGUGGAAUCCUAAAGGACUUCAGGAUCAGAAAAGCAUUAGGUUUUGCCAUCCAGACACAGGCAGUUUCACGACAUGACUUUAGUGCUGUUGCUGCAGGACUCCCAGCAGCUCUGAUGCCAUUUCAGUGGCACGUCUCAGCCUGAAAUACUUCACUGCCACCGCUCCCUGUGCAAGUCUGGGCUGGAUUCAGAGACAAGGAAAAUAGUUCUUUUUUUCCACAUUAAAGACUUUCUCUCUGUUCAUAGCAAUAAACAAUGGAAGAGAGAAGUCCUUCCUAUUACUCACAUUUUUCAAUGUUUGGGGCACUUACAUGAGAGUAAAUCACAGUUCACAAUUGCAAGCAGAGCAGCUGGGCCUGCACCCCUAUCCCUCCAGCCACAUCUCAUUGACCUGCUUGCCCU